AUGGAACCGACAGGUGUCGAAAGGGACGGUCGUAGGCCCUCGACCGCUAUAAUACCUGAUAUGGAUUCAUCAACUGUUGGUCCAGAUUCAGAACAAGAUGUUGAAACGGGCCUUGAUAACCGCGAUACCAACGCCGACGAGAAAGACCCGAACGUUGUGGACUGGGAUGGACCGAACGACCAAGAGAACCCUAUGAACUGGACUGAUAAGAAGAAGUGGUUAAAUAUUUGUAUUUUGUCGAUAAUGACGAUUGUAACCCCACUGGGUUCCUCAAUGUUCGCCCCUGGUAUUCCUCGCAUUUUGGUAGAGUUCCACGAGACGUCUUCGACAGUAGCAACAUUUCUUGUGAGCGUAUAUAUUUUGGGAUUUGCCUUUGGGCCACUUCUCAUAGCACCGCUCAGCGAGGUACUUGGCCGCCGGCCAUUAUAUGUCUAUGGCAAUAUCUUAUUCGUUAUCUUCUCCGUUGGUGCUGCUCUUGCCAACAGCAUCGGGAUGCUUUUUGCGUUCCGAUUACUUAUGGGCCUUGCUGGCUCGGUUCCCAUUACCAUUGGAAGCGGCAGCAUUGCAGAUUUGAUGCCAGUUGAGAAACGCGGACGGGCUAUGUCGGCGUGGGCGCUGGGGCCCCUGCUUGGACCUUGUGUCGGUCCUAUUGCUGGCGGCUACUUGAUCGAAGCUGUCGGGUGGAGAUGGGUGUACUGGCUACUUUGCAUUAUGGGUGGAGCUCUUAUCCCUGUCUCUUUCUUCUUUCUCCGAGAGACGUUCGCCCCCGUCUUGCUUGAGAAGAAGGUUCGCAGACUCCGAAAAGAAACCAACAACCCGAGUCUACGCAGCAAGCUCGCAGGAAGAUUAUCCCCUAAAGAUCAGUUCAAACUAGCCAUCAUUCGUCCGAUGAAACUCCUUGUACUUACACCGAUCGUCACCCUCAUGGCUUUAUACGUCGCCAUUACCUACGGCAUUUUAUACUUGUUGAUUACAACCUUCUCUUUUGUCUACACCGAACAGUACGGCUUCAGCGAGGGUAACAGCGGCUUGACGUACCUCCCUGCUGGAUUGGGUAUGAUGUUUGGUGUUAUUGUCUUCGGACAGCUCACAGACAAGAUGGUUAGCCGGAAUCAAGCAAAGGGGAUUAAGCAUAGGCCCGAGGUCCGAAUUGCACCAGUCUUGACACUCCCUAGUGGUAUUGUACUUCCCAUCGGCCUCUUUAUUUAUGGGUGGACGGCCAACUUCGGCGUACACUGGAUCGUUCCUAUGAUCGGCGUACUUAUCUUCAGUGCGGGACUUAUGGGUGUUAUGUUCUGCGUCCAGAACUACCUUCUCGAUGCAUAUCCCCGCUACGCUGCAUCAGUCACGGCCGCCAUGACGGUGCUCCGAUCUUUGCUCGGUGCGCUCCUGCCCCUUGGUGGCUUAGAAAUGUACGAUGCUCUAGGUCUCGGAUGGGGCAACAGCUUGCUCGCAUUCGUCGCGCUUGCGCUUAUCCCAAUACCGCUCGUUUUCUAUAAAUUCGGCGAGCGUAUUCGCGGCAAAUUCAACCCUAAACUAUAA